AUGUUCAACCAACCCAUUCGACUCCCCAAAGGCAGGAUCCUCCAAGCAGUUCGACCCUUCACAACCACCCCAGCUAUCUACAAAAAACGAAAGAUCGCGGCACCUGCCAACUCCCCUGUUCGCAAAGACGAGCCGACAUCCUCCUCGAAAGAUGGCGCCGCCUCGGGCGCCGCCGACGAGAUCGACCCUCUCGACUUCACACCGCUGACAUCCACCUUCCCCGGCAUCGACGCGCACUUCAAGACCCAGCUGCAGGCCCUCCUCCACGGUGGCCGGUUCAACCCGGACCAGCUCGGCACUCUCACCGUCACCGUCAAGUCCGUCGUCCCCGCGGACGACAUGUCCGGCACCAAGGUCACAAAGGUCGAGGACUUCCCCCUGCGCGAACUCUGCCAGGUCGUCCCCCGCGGCCGCACGCUCUCCCUCCUUGUCAACGACAACGAGUACAUCAAGCCCAUUCUGUCCACCAUCCAGGCAAGCCCUGAUUUCAACCAGCAGCCCCAGCGGUCGGACGAGAACGACCUCGAGCUCAUUCUCAAGGUCGAGAUGGAGCGCAAGGAGGACGUGAUCAAGCGGGUCAAGGACCUGACGCAGACCUGGCGCGAGCGCGUGCGCCACGCCCGCGGCAAGCACGAGAAGCUCAUGAAGGAGUGGAAGCGCAAGGGGGCGAUUCGCGCCGACGAGUUACGCAAGGCGGAGAAUGAGCUGCAAAAGGUGCAGAACAAGAAGAUGAAGGAGAUUGACGACGACGAAGCUAGGGCAGUCAAGCAAUUGGGGCGGAACUAA